AUGGAUUACAGCUCGCUCAGCGGAGUCCCGCGUUUCCUGACCCGGCCCAAGGCAUUUAUGGUGUCUGUGGGGAAGGAUGCCACCCUGAGCUGCCAGAUCAUCGGGAACCCCAUCCCAGUGGUGAGCUGGGAAAAGGAUAAACUGCCAGUCCAGUCUGGGGGAAGGUUCAAAACCACGGAGGAUGGGGAUUUGUAUCGGCUGACCAUCUACGACCUGAACCUGGAGGACAGCGGGCAGUACAUCUGCCGGGCCAAGAACACCAUCGGGGAGGCUUUCGCCGCCGUCAGCAUCAAAGUGGGCGAGGAGACCACGGUCACCGAGUUCGCUCCCUACUUCAUCCAGAAACCCUCCAACAUCAAAGUGACCUUGGGGGAGGACGCCAUGUUCAAAUGCAAAGUGCAGGGCAGCCCUCCCCUGUCRGUGAACUGGGAGAAGGAUGGCAGAUACCUGAGGAACAAGGCAGACGCCGGGCGCUUCCAGAUCGAGUCUGCGGGCGAGUCGAACGCUCUGACCAUCCAGUGCGCCCGGCUGGGGGACAGCGGCACCUACACCUGCCGGGCGGAGAAUCUCCUGGGCUCUGCCAGCGCCUCGGCCGCGCUGGUGGUGGAAACGCACGGCUCCUCCAACCCGGGCAGUAACUUUGACGCCGGCUGCGGCAAGACGGCCUCCCUGCUGUCCCACCUGCAGAAGAGGCGGGAGGAGAUCAGGAAGAUGGACAUCUCCCACGGGACUCUGGACGCGGCCUCUGGCCAGCCGUACUCCGCCGUGGAGGGGCUGUCGGGCAUCGGCUACRGCCUGUCCCGGGACUACGAGCGGGCGGCGGGACUGACCAAAGGGGCCCGCAACGCCACUUUYGGGGCGCUGACCCGCACGUGCAGCGUGACCGAGGGGAAGCACGCCAAGCUCAGCUGCUAUGUCACGGGCGAGCCCAAGCCCGUGAUUGUGUGGAAGAAGGACAACGAGGUCAUUUUGGAAGGCCGGCGGCAUGUCAUCUACGAGGAUGACCAGGAGAACUUUGUGCUGAAGAUCCUCUUCUGCAAGCAGACCGACAACGGGCUGUACACCUGCACGGCCUCCAACCUGGCGGGCCAGACCUACAGCUCYGUGCUCGUCACCGUCAAAGAACCGUCCAUACCCUUCAAGGCAAAACUGAGGGAUCUYGAAGUGAGGGAGAAGGAAUCUGCCACCUUCCAGUGCGAGGUGCCCRUUGCUGCGACAGAGACAGCCUGGUUCAAGGAGGAGACCAAACUGCAGCAGAGCAAGAAGUACAACAUCGAGGAGGAGGGCACCUACCGCCGGCUCACCGUGCAGAACGUCACCGCGGACGACGACGCCGUCUACAUCUGCGAGAUGAAGGAGGGCAGCAGGACCAUCGCAGAGCUCUCUGUCCAAGGGAACAUCAUUAAAAAACUUCCACGGAAAACCGCCAUCUUCGUCAACGACACAGCCACCUUCUGCGUGGAGCUGGACAGYGACUGCCAGGACGUCCGGUGGCUGAAGAACAAGGAAGAGGUGAAACCCAGCGACCGCAUCUCCAUCACGCGCUCCGGCAAACAGCACACCAUGACCAUCCGCGAGUGUAAGGUGGAGGAUGCUGGGGAGAUCGCCUUUGUGGCCGACGAAAGCAGGACUUCCACCCAGUUCACUGUGACCACUCCCAAAAAACCUCCCACCCAAGCCCCAGCUGACCCUGUGGUGAAAAAUAAAACAGAAACCUCAGUGACUCUGGCAUGGUCCCCUCCGAGGAUGGACCGGCCCAUUCCCAUCGAUGGAUACAUCGUGGAGCGCAAGAAGCUCACCGGCUUCACCUGGGUCAGGUGCCACGAGUCGCAUGUCCCUGUCCCCGAGCUGACCGUGAGCCACUUGCCAGAGGAGGCUGACUACCAGUUCAGAGUGUCCGCGGUCAACGCCUACGGACAGAGCCCCUUCCUGGAAUUCCCUGGCAGCCUGCACCUUGAACCUGUCCUGGCUGUGAGAACUCCCCUGACAGCAGCUGAAGUUGCCCCUGGAGGGGAUGCCCUGUUCACUGUCGACCUUACCAAGGUGUGUUCUGGCACCUGGUACCUGAAUGGCAAAGUCCUACAGGAGAGUGAGACCCACAUCAUCCAGAGAACCCAAACCACCCACACCCUGAUCAUAAAGAACGUUACCAAGAAAGAUGACGGGGCAGAAGUGAGAUUUGUUGCCAAUGACAUUGACACCAGCACCAAGAUGAGAGUGAAAGGUGCUGCAGUGAGAUUCACCAACAAGACCAAAGAYGUAGAAAAGGUCUCUGCUCGGCUGCGGGAGGAAGCCAAACUCCAGGCUGAGCUCUCAGACGCAGAGGCCACUGUGAAGUGGAUGAAAGAUGGGAAGGAGCUCAAGGCCAGUGAAAAAUACGAGCUCCAGACCRUGGGGAAGAGGCGCAUCCUGAAAAUCCGCAGCACGGCCGAGGAGGAUGCUGGAGCUUACGAGUGUGUCUGCGAGGGGGAUAAAAUGAUCUACCAGCUCUCUGUGAAAGAUGAGGCUGUUACUUUUGUCAACAAGCCCAAAACGACCCCAGAAGUAUCAGUCAGUCCUUCUGAGAGCCUGGAGCUGGUGUGUGAGGUGUCGGCAGYGGGCGGGGCCGUGGUGUGGAGGAAGGGGCAGAGUGAGGUGAAGCAGGACCAGCGGACAACMAUCGUGUCCCAGGGGACACAACGCAAGCUCCUCAUCAAGAAGGUGACACAGCAAGACCAAGGCAGCUACACCUGUGAAACCAAGGAYGACAGAACAACAUUCCAAGUCAAAGUCAGAGAGCCAGAAGUUGUGUUUACAAACAAGGAGAAGGUGCAGAAAGAGGUGAAAGCUGCACUGUCAGAAAAUGCCACUCUGAGUUGUGAGGUGGCCCAGGAGAAAACGGAGGUGAAGUGGUACAAGGAUGGGAAACUCAUCACAUCUGACACAUUUUUCCCAUUAUGCUUCCCCAUUUCAGAGGCAGAAGACGCCUUUGUCCACAAGGAGAAGGUGCAGAAAGAGGUGAAAGCUGCACUGUCAGAAAACGCCACACUGAGCUGCGAGGUGGCCCAGGAGAAAACAGAAGUGAAGUGGUACAAGGAUGGGAAACUCAUCACCWCCAGCAAGAAGUUCAAGGUGGAGUCCGAGGGCAAACGCCGUCGUCUGGUGGUGRGUGAGGUGGAGAAGAARGAUGCUGGGGAGUACACCUGYGAGGCUGCUGGSCAMAAAMUSACCUUCAGGAUYGAUGUCACAGAGCCACAAGUUGUGUUUACAAACAAGGAGAAGRUGCAGAAAGAGGUGAAAGCUGCACUGUCAGAAAAURCCACRCUGAGCUGCGAGGUGGCCCAGGAGAAAACRGAGGUGAAGUGGUACAAGGAUGGRAAACUCAUCAYCUCCAGCAAGAAAUUCAAGGUGGAGUCYGAGGGCAAAYSSCGUCGUCUGGUGGUGRGUGAGGUGGAGAAGAAAGAUGCUGGGGAGUACACCUGCGAGGCUGCUGGCCAAAAACUCACCUUCAGGAUCAAUGUCCCAGAGCCCAAACCUGCAUUUAUAAACCAGGAGAAGGUCCAGAAGGAGGUGAAGGCUGUCCUGACAGAGAGUGCCACCCUGGUGUGUGAGGUGGCACAGGACACAACCGAAGUGAAAUGGUUCAAGGAUGGAAAACUUCUCGUUUCCUCUCGGAAAUUCAAAAUAGAGACUGUGGGCAAGUCCCGGCGCCUGGUGAUAGAGCAGCUGGAGAAGAAGGAUGCUGGGGAAUACAUCUGUGAGGCUGCAGGCCAGAAGCUGACGUUCAAACUGGAACCAACUGAGCCAGAGGCCAAAUUUGAAAAUAAAGUCAUCCAGAAAGAGCCUCUGGUCGUUCAAGAACAUGAAAGCAUCACACUGACAACCUCGGUCACACCUGAGACUGCUGUGGUGAGGUGGUUCAAGGACGGCACAGAAAUCAAGGCCAGCAAGAAAUGCGUGAUCAGGAGCGAGGGGGCAUCGCGCACGCUGACGGUGAGCGCGGCCGAGAGCGCCGACUCUGCCCUCUACAGCUGCCAGACAAAGGAUGACAAGCAGGAAUUCCGAGUCCAGGUGAAAGAAAUCCCAGUGAAGUUCGCCAAGAAGCUGGAGGCCGUGAAAGCUGAGAUUGGUGGCAGUGUGUCCCUGAGCUGUGAGCUGAGCCAUGCCAAAGGGAAGGUGACAUGGAGCAGGAAUGGUGUGGAGAUCAAGCCCAGCAAGCGUUUCCAGAUCCGUGAGGAGGGGCUCAAACGAACCCUGACAAUAACAGGGCUCCGGGCUGAGGACGAGGGAGAAUAUUCCUGCGAGUCCAGGGAUGAUAAGAGCAGCAUCACCAUYGUCCCCAAACCUCCCAGAGUGGUGAAAUUCGUCACAAGCCUCAACAGUGUGGUGUCUGAGGAAGGAAGAGAGGCCGUGUUCAAGUGCACCGUCACUCCUGGUGAUGCCGUGGUCACCUGGCUCAGGAACGGCACCAAGAUUGAAGCCAGCAAGAAAUAUGUGAUUUCUCAGAAGGACACCAGCCACAGCCUCACCAUCACUGACCUCACRCUGGAAGAUGCAGCUGAAAUCACUGCCAGUGCAGAGGGUGUGGAAAGCACCGCCAACCUCAGAGUCCGAGAGGCCUCAAUCUCAUUCAAGAAGAAGCUGGAGCCCAGAACAGUUGAAGAGAGGGAGACAGUGACCUUGGAGGUAGAGCUGACCAAGGCUGCCGAGGUGAAGUGGAUGAGGAACAGCAUCGUGCUGAAGCCCAGUGACAAAAUUGAGAUCAAAGCUGAGGGAACAAAGCACACCUUGGUGGUCAAGGACAUCUCCUUCGCAGACCGGGGCUUCUACUGCUGUGAGAGCCCCGAUGACAAGACCCAGGCCAAGAUCAAUGUGGAAAUGAGGCAGAUCAAGUUGGUGAGAGGCCUUCAGCCCAUGGAAGUGGCAGAGAAAGGGACUGUCACCUUCGAGGUGGAGGUGUCACACGAGGACGUGGAGGGGACGUGGCAGAAGGACGGCGUUCGGCUCAAACCAGCGCCCAAUGUCAGCUUGGGCCUCCUGGGCAAGAAACACUCCCUGACUCUGUCCUCGGUGGCUCUGGAAGAUGCAGGACUCAUCUCCUUCAAGGCAGAAGGCAUUAACACCUCAGGGAGGCUCACUGUGACAGAAUUGCCUGUGAGGAUCAGCAAACCUUUGGCAGAUGUCAGUGUGACUCAGAAGCUYAAGGCCACAUUUGAGUGUGAGCUGUCCAAACCCAAUGCCAAUGUGAAGUGGUUCAAGGACGGGAAGGAGAUCCGGCAAAGUAAAAACAUUGGGUUUAUCUCCCAAGGAAAUAAGAGAAGCCUCAUUAUUCACAAGUGUGAAUAUGAAGACCAGGGAACCUACACAUGUCAAGCAGCUGAAGACAAGACAUCAGCUACUCUAAAGGUCCAUGCCCGAGAUGUCAAGAUUGUGAAACCUCUGGAAGAUGUGGAAGUGAGCGAAUACGAGAGUGCGUCUUUCAUCUGCGAGAUCUCACACGACGAGGUCGAAACCCAGUGGUACAAAAACGACAGCAAGCUGAAAACUUCUGACAACAUCAAAAUGCGGCAGGAUGGAAAGACRUAUUCCCUGACUUACGCACGCGUCCACGUCGAGGAUGCAGCUGAGAUCAAAUUUGUAGCAGAAAAGGCAGAAUCUCGUGCUCAGCUGACUGUAAAAGAGCUGCCUGUAAAAAUCGUGAAGCCUCUGCGGGAUAAGAUCGCCCUUUGGAAGCACCGGGGGGUCCUGGAGUGCCAGGUGUCCCGAGCCAAUGCCAAGGUCCGCUGGUUCAAGAARAACGUGGAAAUUCACCCCAGUGCCAAAUAUGAAAUCGUGAGCGAGGGCGUCUACCGGAAACUCAUCAUCAACGACGCCGACUACGAAGAUGAGGACAGCUACACCUGUGAUGCCUUUGAUGACAAAACCAGUGCUAAUUUCUUUGUUGAAGAGCAAGCCAUUAAUAUUGUAAAGGAGUUGAAUGAUGAGGAUGUGACUGAGCCUGAGGAAGCCAAUUUUGAGUGUGAGACAUCCAUUCCAUCCGUGAAACCUGCCAAGUGGUUCCUGAAGGGAGCAGCCUUGCAGGCUGGCAGAAACAUCAUCAUGCAGCAGGAAGGCACCAUCCACAGGCUGACGAUAAUAAAAACAAGUGUUGACAUGACAGGCACCAUCCAGUUCUCCAUUGGCAAAUCCAAAUCCACAGCAAACCUGCUCGUCAGAGAUUACCACAUCCAGAUCACCAGGAAACUGGAGGACAAGACUGUCCUGGAGCGACACUCGGUCAUCCUGUCCUGUGACUUCAGGCCUUCCCCGAAGCAYGUGAGGUGGUUCAAGGGCCAAGAGCUCAUUGAGCCCUCAGACAAGUACAGGAUCAAGAGGGAGCAGUACUCAGCAGAGCUCAAGAUCAUGAAGGUGAAGCCCGAGGACGCCGGCGUGUACAAGUGCCGGGCUGGCAUCGCCGAGACUGAAGCCACCCUGAGUGUUGAAGCCCGCAAUGUGGAGGUCCUCAAGCACCUGCAGGACGUGGAGAUCGAGGAGGACAGUUCUGCUGUGUUCUCCUGCGAGCUGUCCCACGACGAUGAGGAYGUGGAGUGGUUCCUCAAUGGCACCCUCCUCUACACCAACAACUUAAACGAGAUCAAGAACGUUGGCAAGUGCUACAUGCUGACCAUGAAGCAGGUGAAGCCUGAGGAUGCUGGCACGGUGACAAUGAAGUCAGACAAGGUGUCAGAAAGCGUGCRGCUGAAGGUGAUAGAGAAACCUGUUGUCUUCAUGAAAUCCUUGGAUGACGUUUUUGGUGAGGAGCGAGGRGUGAUCAAACUGGAAUGCGAAGUCUCCAAAGAGAAGGUCAAACCAGUUUGGAAAAAGGACGGUGUGAAGAUYGCUUCUGGCAAUAAAUAUGAGGAGAUCCAGGCUGGGAAGAGCCUGUGCCUCCUUAUCCAUGACCUGGAAAAGACAGAUGCAGGGUUGUACACRUGUGACAUCGGCACUGAUGUUGCCAAGUCAAAGGUCAGCGUUCAGGAACUGAACAUYGGCAUCACCAAACGGCUCAAGAACACCGAAAUCCAGGAGGGAGGGGAUUGCACUUUUGAGUGCAUUUUGUCCCAUGAAAGCAUUGAUGACUUCAGCUGGAUGCUGAAUGGGAGGAAACUGGAAAGUGGUGGGAGAUUCAAAGCCUCCAACACGGGUCGGAAAUACACACUCAGUAUCAAAAAUGUGGUUCCUGGUGACACUGGGGAAGUCAUUUUCACUGCCCGUGGUCUGACCUCCAAGGCUUCUCUGGUUGUGAAAGAAAAACCUACUGAGAUUACAAAACAGCUGGAGGAUAAAACAUCACCAGCAGGGCAGGACAUCAGCYUGAGCUGUGAAUUGUCCAAAGCUGACGUGAACAUCAGGUGGUACAAGGAUGGCAAAGCAAUCCGGAAAAGCCAGAAGUACGAGCUACAGCAGGAGGGAACACGAUCCAUCCUCAUCAUCCAUGACUCCACAGUCAAGGACAGCGGGGAGUACACCUGUGAGACAGAGAGCUCCAAAACAACAGCCAGGAUCACCGUGCAAGAAAAACCUAAUUAUUUUGUCAAGGAGCUCUCUGACCUAAAAGUGGAUGAAAGUGGAACUGCAGUUUUUGUGUGCCAGAGCGAGAGAGCUGCAUCCUCCGUGGUCUGGAGGAAAGGCAUCGCUGAGCUCAGGGUUGGCAGGAAGUACGAGAUGAUGCAGAAAGGRCAAAUCCUCCAGCUGACCAUAAAGAACUUGGAGAAGAGUGACAGUGACACUUACAGCUGUGACAUUGGGGAUGCCCAGUCCAGAGCCAAGCUCACCGUGCAAGGCCAGAAAGUGCUAAUAACAGAAGACCUGGAGGAUGUCACUGUGUUAGAAGGAGAAUCUGCCAUGUUCAAGUGCAGAAUCUCUCCCRUAGACUAUAGCAGAGUGCAGUGGUUUUUGGAUAAAACCCCACUCCAUACCAAUGAACUUAAUGAGAUCCAGUCCCAGCCUGGUGGAUACCACCUGCUAACRCUGAAAAAGCUCUCGCUGAAGGACUCGGGGGUCAUUACAUUUGAAGCUGGUGAUAAGAAAACAUCUGCCAGUUUGGUUGUUAAAGAAAAGCCAGUUCUUUUCAAGCAAGAGCUCCAAAACGAAGAAGCCAAAGAAGGGAAGCAGGUCAGGCUGACCUGUGAGCUCAGCAAGGCUGGUGCCCCAGUGAAGUGGAUGAAGGGAGACACUGUUCUCUGUGCCAGUGAGAAGUACGAAUUCAAGCAGCACGGCACUGUGGCAGAGCUCAUAAUUCGAGAUGUGAAAUCUGUGGAUGCUGGGGACUACACCUGCAGCACUGGGGAGCUGAAAACCACUGCUCGGGUCAAAGUGAAUGCUGUGCCUGUCCUUUUUAAACAAGCCCUGGAGAACACGGCUGCAGAAGAAGGGAAAUCGGUCUCCUUGCGCUGUGAGCUCACAAAAGCUGAUGCCACCGUGGUGUGGAAGAAGGGAGAAGCCACGCUCCAGGCAAGUGCCAAAUAUGAAAUGAAGCAGAAGGGGACAGUGGCAGAGCUGGUGAUUCAUAAUGCAGAGCCAGAAGAUGCGGGAAGAUACACCUGUGACACGGGAGAGCAGCAGACCACAGCCCAAGUCCAGAUCCAUGCCGUGUCCGUGCCGUUCCAAGAGGAGCUGCAGCCCGUGGAAGCUGCGGAAGGUGGGAUGGCCACCCUGCGGUGCCAGCUGGCCACUGAGGCCCCCGUGGAGUGGAGGAAGGGCCAGACCCUGCUCCGGCCRAGCCACAAGUACAARAUGAGGCAGGAGGGGACCGUGGCCGAGCUGCUGAUCCACGAGCUGGAGCCAAAGGAUGCUGGAGACUACUCGUGUGUAGUCGGGAACCAAAAAUCCACAGCAGCCUUGUCAGUGAAUGCCCUGCCAGUCCAUUUCAAGCAAGAGCUGAGGAACGAGGAGGCCACGGAGAGUGGGACGGCGACGCUGCAGUGUGAGCUGAGCCGGCCGGGCGGUGCCGUCCAGUGGAGGAAGGAUGGGAAUGACCUGACCCCCAACGGGAAGUACAAAAUGAGGCGGGAAGGGCGUUUUGUCGAGCUGGUUAUCCAAGACCUGGAGCUGACGGAUGCUGGGAGCUACAGCUGCGUGUGUGGAGAGCAGGAGACCACGGCUGUUCUGAGAGUCAAUGCCUUACCCGUCCUCUUCCAAGAAGAAUUGAUGAGCAAGGAAGCUACAGAAGGGGAGGCAGUGACUCUGCACUGCAAACUGAGCAAAUCAGCCCCAGUUGAGUGGAAAAAGGGGAAAAUGGUGCUCAAGCCAAGUGAAAAGUACAAAAUAGAGCAGGAAGGUCCCUUUGCGGAGCUGACGAUCCAGGGUUUGGAUUUGGCAGAUGCUGGGGAUUACAGCUGUGUGUGUGGAGACCGGCAGACCAYGGCUGCUCUGACCGUGAAUGUCCUGCCCACUCUUUUCACCAAGGGGCUCACAGACACAGAAGCCACCGAGGGUAAAAGUGUCUCCCUGCACUGUGAGCUGAACAAGGCUGCUGCUAGCGUGGAAUGGAAGAAGGGCUUCAAGACCCUCAAGUCGAGUGACAAAUACAAAAUCAAGCGGGAAGGUGUCRUGGCUGAGCUUGUGGUCCAGAACCUGGAGAUGGCGGAUGCUGGGAAUUAUUCCUGYGUGUGCGGAGACCAGCAGACCAUGGCGGUGUUAACAGUUCAUGCUUUGCCUGCAUUUUUCAAGGAAGGGCUGAAGAACAGGGAGGCCACAGAUGGUUCAACAGCCACUCUGCGCUGCGAGCUGAGCAAGGUCGGCGUCCCGGUGGAGUGGAAAAAAGGGGACAAGGCACUCAAACCCAGUGAAAAGUACAGGAUGAGACAGGAGGACACGGCUGCAGAGCUGCUGAUCCGAGACCUGGAGGUGGAAGACACAGGGGAAUACACCUGUGUGUGUGGAGAUCAGAAGACCUCGGCUGUCCUGACAGUCCAUGCUUUGCCUGCACUGUUCAAAAGGGAUCUUGUCAAUGUGGAAGGCACGGAAAACAGGACGGCUGUUCUGCAGUGCGAGCUGAGCAAAGCUGCCCCGGUGCAGUGGAGGAGGGGGCAGGAGCUGCUCACACCGAGCGAGAAAUACAAAAUGAGGCUGAAGGACACCACUGCUGAGCUGACAAUCCACAGCCUGGAGGAAGGAGAUGCAGGAGAUUACACCUGUGUGUGUGGAGACAAGACCACCACAGCCUCCCUGACAGUGCAUGCCCUCCCUCCGCACUUCAGGAAAGAGCUGAAGAACGUGGAAGGCACAGAGAAGGGCACAGCCACGUUCUGCUGUGAGCUGAGCAAAGCUGGAGCUGCUGUGGCCUGGAGGAAAGGAGACRGAGCCCUGGGGACAAGUGACAAGUUCACCAUGAGGUGUGAGGGCACGGUGGCCAAGCUGGUGAUCCGUGAUUUGGUCCUGGCAGAUGCUGGAGAUUACACGUGCUCUUGUGGAGAGCAGGAAACCACGGCUGCGCUCAGAGUGAAUGCCCUGCCUGUGCGUUUCCAGAAGGAGCUGACGGAUGAAGAAGCCACGGAAGGYGGAACAGCCACUCUGCAGUGUGAGCUGUCCAGGGCUGCCCCCGUGGAGUGGAAAAAGAAACACAAAGUGCUCAAACCGAGUGACAAAUACACUGUGAGGCARGAGGGCACCACGGCACAGCUGCUGAUCCAUGCUUUGGAGCUCAGGGAUGCUGGGGAAUACAGCUGUGUGUGCGGGGAGGAGAAGACGACGGCGGCACUGACAGUGCACGCCCUUCCUGCUCUGUUCAAAGAAGAGUUAAGAGAUGAGGAGGCCCAGGAGGGUGCAGCAGUCACCCUGCGCUGUGAGCUGACCAMACCUGCCCCAGUGGAGUGGAAAAAGGGACACACAGCCCUCAGACCUAGCGAGAAAUACAAAAUGAGGCAGAAGGACAUCACUGCAGAGCUGGUGAUCCACAGCCUGACCGAGAGCGAUGCUGGCUGUUACACCUGUGUGUGUGGGGACCAGCAGUCCACAGCUUCCUUGGCAGUGCAUGUGCUGCCUGCAGGCAUCCGGGAGAGCCUCAAGGACCAGGAGGUGACCGAGGGUCAGGCGGCCACUCUGCGCUGUGAGCUGAGCAAAGCUGCCCCCGUGCACUGGAGGAAGGGCAGCGCUYUGCUCACAGCCAGUGACAAGUACAAGAUGAGGCAGGAGGGCACGGUGACAAAGCUGCUGAUCCAGGAUGUGGAACUGAGAGAUGCUGGACAAUACACGUGUGUGUGUGGAGAGCAGGAGACAACGGCAGCCUUGAUAGUGCAUGCCCUGCCAGCCCUUUUCAAAGAAGACCUGAAGGACCUGCAAGCCACAGAGAGCCAAACRGCCACKCUGYGCUGCGAGCUGAGCAAGGCUGCAGCYGUGGUGUGGAAGAAAGGGAACAAAACACUCAGGGCAAGUGAAAAAUACAUCAUGAGGCAGGAGAGUGCCCUGGCUGAGCUGGAAAUCCGUGACCUGGAGCUGCAGGAUGCAGGAGAUUACACCUGUGUGUGCGGGGACCAGCGCAGCACRGCCUCGCUGACAGUGAAGGCCCUGCCAGUACUUUUCAAGGAAGAGCUGAAGAAUGMAGAAGCCCAAGAAGGAGCAUCAGUCACUCUGAGUUGUGAAUUAACCAAAGAAGCUCCAGUGCAGUGGAAAAAAGGGCCCAAAGUGCUCAAAGCAAGUGGCAAAUAUCAAAUGAGACAGUCUGGCACCACUGCAGAGCUGCUCAUCCAUGACCUAGAAGUAAAAGAUGCUGGAGAUUACACCUGUGUGUGUGGUGACCAGAAGACAACAGCAACCUUAACAGUUCAUGCUCUGCCACCGCUCUUUAAGGAGGAGCUGCAGGACAAGGAGGCAGAAGAAGGUGGAGAAGUCUCCCUGCUCUGUGAGCUCUCCAAGGCUGCUCCAGUGGAGUGGUGGAAGGACCAGAGGAUCCUCAAAGCGAGUGGGAAAUACAAAAUGAGGCAGGAAGGGGCCAAGGCAGAGCUGGUGAUCCAUGGAAUAGCUGAGGAGGAUGCAGGAGCCUACACCUGUGUGUGUGGAGAGCACCAGACUACGGCUGUCUUGACAGUCCAGGCCGUGCCUCCAUUUUUCCAAGAAGAAAUGACCAGCCAGGAGGGGGUGGAAGGAGGAACGGCCACUUGGCGCUGUGAGCUGAGCAAGGCCCCUGCCUGUGUCCAGUGGAAGAAGGACCAGCAYGUCCUCACCUCGGGCCCCAAGCACAGCAUGAGGCAGGAGGGACGUGUGGUGGAGCUGGUGGUGCAUGACCUGGAGCUGGRUGACAGUGGGGAUUAUUCCUGUGUGUGUGGAGACAAGAGCAGCACGGCCGCCCUGACAGUGCACGCACUGCCUCCAGARUUCAAGAGAGAGCUGAAGGAUGUGGAAGCUGUGGAGAAUGGCACGGCUGCUCUGCAGUGUGAGCUGACAAAACCUGCYGAGGUGCAGUGGAAGAAAGGGCAGGACGUGCUCAAAGAGAGCAGCAAACAUGAAAUGAGGCAGGACGGGGCUGUUGCCAAGCUGAUYAUCCAUGAGCUGCAGGAGGAGGAUGCUGGAGUUUACAGCUGCGUGUGUGGAGAUCAGCAGACAGCUGCCACGCUGACAGUCAAGGUCCUACCAGCCCUUUUUAAACGAGAGCUUCAGGACACCGAGGCAGAGGAAGGCGGCACAGUGACACUGAGAUGUGAGCUCACCAAACCCAAGGCUCCAGUGGAGUGGAGGAAAGGGGAUGUCACCCUCUACCCUGGUCUGAAAUACGAGAUGAGGCAGCAGGGCUGUGCUGCUGAACUGGUCAUUUGUGACCUGGAAGUGGACGAUUCRGGGAUUUACACCUGCGACUGCGGACAGCAGCGGACAGCGGCCGUGGUGGCCGUGCAUGCACUGCCCGUCACAUUUAAGCAACCUUUACAAAAUAAAGAAUUUGAGGAAGGAAGCACAGCCACGUUCUGCUGUGAGCUGUCGAAACCGMGUGCUGCAGUGGAAUGGAGGAAAGGAGGAGUGGGGCUGCAGCCCGAUCAGAAAUACGAGAUGAGGCAGAGGGGAUGCCUGGUAGAGCUCCUGAUCCACAAUCUCAAAUUAGAAGAUACAGGAGAAUACAGCUGUGACACAGGGGAGCAGGAAACCAGGGCAGCUCUGAGCGUGAAAGCUCUGCCAGUUCUUUUCCAAAAGCAGCUCAAAGAUGAGGAGGCAGAAGAAGGAGCUGCAGUGAAAUUCCAGUGUGAGCUGACAAAGGAGAACGCGGCAGUGGAGUGGAGGAAAGGCACCGUGGAGCUCUUCCCCUGUGCCAAAUAUGAAAUUAAACUGAGUGGUCGCACAGCUGAGCUUGUGAUUCACAAUGUAGAGCCAGAGGAUGCCUCUGAUUACACUUGUGACACAGGAGACCAGCAGAGCACUGCAAUCCUCAGAGUGAAUGCCAUCAAACCCCAGCUGAAGCAGCAGCUGAGGAAUGAGGAAGCAGAAGUGGGAGGAACAGCCAGGCUGCGCUGUGAGAUUUCCAUCAGCAAGGCAGCAGUGGAGUGGAGGAAGGAUGGAGUGCUCCUGCGCUCCAGCUCCAAGUAUGAGAUGUGGCAGGACGGGACCCUCCGGGAGCUCCGCGUUCACCACCUGGAGCCUGGYGAUGCUGGAGAAUAUUCCUGCAAGGCUGGAGACCAGACCAGCUCUGCCAAGCUCACCGUGAAAGAGCCUGACGUGACCAUUGUGAGUGGCCUCAGGGACAUGGUGGUGUCCGAAGGGGACGAUGUCACCUUUCGGUGCCAGGUUUCCCACGAGAACGCCAGGGAUGUCGAGUGGAAGCUGCAGGAUGUGGGUCUGCAGAACAACGAAAUGAAYGAGAUCUCAGUGGAAAAAGGGAAGAUCCACACCCUGACCCUAAGGAAGGUGACUGAGCAGGACAUUGGCACCGUCACUUUCCGAGUGGGACCCUACACGUCAACGGCAGAGCUCACAGUGAAAGCCUCUCCAGUCACCUUCACACAGCCACUCCAGAGCCAACAAGCUGAAGAAGGUGGCACUGUCACUCUGAGGUGUGAAAUCUCCAGAUCCAACRGUUCUGUGCAGUGGAAGAGGGCGGGGACGGUUCUGCGCCCCGGUGACAAAUACGAGAUGCGUCAGGCGGGGUCGGUGGCRGAGCUGACCAUUCACAACCUGAGCGAGGCCGACGCUGGGGASUACACCUGUGACACAGGGGACCAGCAAACCACGGCAGCAGUGCACCUCAGAGAGCCAGCAGCAGCCACCAUCGUGGAGAGGCUGAAGGAUGUCACCACCUACGAAGGACAAGACGCGGUGUUCGAGUGCCGCCUGUCCCGGGAGACAGCUCAGGAUGCCCAGUGGUUCCUGGGGGAUGUUCCCCUGCAAUCCAACGAAAUGAACGAGAUCAGGGUCCAAGGGACCCGGCACAGCCUGAUCCUCAGGAAGGUGACUCUGGAAGACUGUGGGUCCGUCAGUUUCAAAGUGGGGCAGCAUUCRUCAGCAGCACAGCUGAAGGUCCAAGCUGCCUCGGUCACCUUUGUGAAGGAGCUGCACAACCUGGAGCUGCAGGAGGGUGGCACCGCUCAGCUGUCCUGCGAGCUGUCCCAGCCCGAUGUCCCCGUGGAGUGGAAGAAGGGCUCGUCCGUGAUCCGCUCCAGCCACAAGUGCAGCAUCCAUCAGGAGGGGACCGUGCACACGCUGCUCAUCCGCGACCUGAGCCGCGCCGAUGCCGGCGAGUACAGCUGCCACACGGCCGCUGGCAGCACCACGGCCACACUCGAGGUUAAAGGGCUGCCCACACUGUUCAAGCAGUGGCUGAAGAACGAGGAGGUGGAGGAAGGGCGCACGGCCGUGCUGCGCUGCGAGCUCACGCAGCCCCACGCGCGCGUGGAGUGGAGGAAAGGGGACACGGUGCUGCAGCCCGGUGACAAGUACGAGUUCCGCCAGGAGGGCACRCGAGUGGAGCUCCUCAUCUACGAGGCUGAGGCUCAGGAUGCUGGAGAUUACACCUGUGACUCGGGGGAUCAGCAAACCACAGCCUCGCUGCAGGUCAAAGUACUGCCAGUGCUGUUUAACAAAGAGCUGAGAAACGUAGAGACUGAAGAAGGGGGAACGGCCRUCUUGCACUGUGAGAUCUCCAGGCCGGACGCUCCCGUUGAGUGGAGGAAAGGAGGGCUGGUCAUCCAGCCCAGUGACAAGUACGAGGUGAAGCUGAAGGGCAGCGUAGCUGAGCUGAUCAUCCAUGGUGUAGAGCCUGAUGACUGUGGGGAUUACACCUGCAGCACUGGAUACGAGAUCACCACGGGCUCUGUGUAUGUGCAAGAAGAAGCAGCAGUGAUAGUGUCUGGUUUAAGGAGCACAGAUGUGUUUGUGGGCGAGUCAGCCACAUUCACCUGCGAGCUCUCACACCCGGGCGUGAAGAACGUGCAGUGGUGGCUCGAUGGGACCCCCCUCCACAACAACCUGGUGACCGAAAUCUCUGAGCAGGACGGCAGGAUCCACACUUUAACCCUAAAUGACGUGGCGUGCCACGACUCGGGCACUGUCACCUUCAGAGCUGGGUCGCUUAUAUCUUCAGCUAAAUUAUUAGUCAAAGAUCCCACCAUUGAAGUGGUCAGUCCCAUGCAGGACAUAACUGUUGACGAAGAUGGCCCCGCAGAGUUCAUUUGCCAAUAUUCUAGGCCAGUGCACGCCAUCUGGAAGAAAAAUGAUCAGGAAAUUCAUGCAGAUGGGCAGCGAGUGAUUAUCGAUCAGGACUGGAAUGUGAGCAUGCUAAAAAUUAACCCCACGGUCCCAGAAGACACUGGCAUCUAUUCUUGUGAAGCUGAAGGCACUAAAGUGAUGGCUACACUUGAUGUCCAAGCCAAGAACAGCAUUGUCCAAGGCUUGGAGAAYGUGGAGGCUGUGGAAGGAGGGGAGGCCUUGUUUGAGUGUUACCUCUCCAAACCCGAGACCUACAAUUACAACUGGCUGAUUGACGACCAACCUGCCAAAACCACAGAGAACACCGAGAUGGUUUACUUUGAAAAUGGCCUCAGGCACAUCCUGCUGCUGAAGAAUUUAACUCCCCAGGACAGCUGCAGGGUGACUUUCAUGUGCAGUGACGCAGUGACCUCAGCCUUCCUGACAGUGAAAGGGUGGCGUCUGCAGUUCUUGCAGACCCUCAAGGAUGUGGAAGUGGCUCUGGGGGAAAAAGCAACAUUUAGCUGUGUCCUGAGUGAAGCUGUGCCAAUUAACGAAGUGACCUGGUACAGUAAUGACAUAGAGAUCCAAUCGGGUGAGGAUUGGGAGGUACAAGCAGAUGGAAACAAAUACAAACUCACUCUGAAAAAAGCCCAACUGCAUCACUCUGGAGAGGUGACCUUUGCUUCCAGGGAAGCCAUUUCAUCAGCCAAGCUUUCUGUGAUAGCCCUCCCCGACCCACCUGAAGAACCAGAAGUUCUAGGUCAGAGCAGCCACUCGGUCACUCUGUCUUGGCACGAGCCGCUGGGGGACGGCGGCGGGGACAUCCUGGGCUACAAGGUGGAGAGGAAAAUCCCAGGCAUUGGCUGGCAGUCCUGCAGCGAGGGCCUCAUCCCAAAUACCGAGUUCACAGUGGGCGGCCUGGCCCCAGGGGGACCCUACAGAUUCCGUGUGUCAGCCGUAAAUAAGGCUGGGGCCAGCGAGGCGGUGCACUUCCCCCAGAUGGUGCGGAUAGUGCCCACAGUGUCGAUGCUGAAGGAGAUUGCCAGGGAAGCUCCUGCAGCCAGCCAGCCUGAAGAGGUGGUGGAUGGCCGUGUCCAGCCCAGCCUGCCCCCUGAGGCUGCCCAGGAGGGAGAUCUUCACCUCCUCUGGGAGGCCCUGGCCAAAAAACGCCGGAUGAGCCGGGAGCCCACCUUGGAUUCCAUCAGYGAAGUGCCUGAGGAGGAUGAGAGGCUUCAGAAGCUGAGGAAGGAGGAAGCAGAGAUGUCUCACUACUACUCUGAGGAGUACUCCACCUGUGACGAGCUGGCCAGGACAGGAGARGCAGAUUUCUCUUUCACCAGCUCUGAUGAUGAGUCCAGAGCCGGGACUCCUUCCCUGGUGAACUACCUCAAGAAAGCUGGGAAGAAGAGCAUCAGUGUUACCAGCAAGGUUCAGUCCGCCUCCACAGGCAAGYUGUGGAAACAGUGGGAGAAAACCACUGUGGAGACCACUGUGGCCACCACAGCUGCUCCGCCAGCUGAGCCGGAGCUGCCAGAUUUGGAUGAUCCCUCCAUGAACAAGGCRGCCGUGAAGAUCCAAGCCGCUUUCAAAGGCUACAAAGUCAGGAAAGAGAUCAAGCAGCAAGAAUGCCCGGUAUUUACUGAGACCUUCAAAGACUUUUCUGGAGAGCCUGGGAGCACCCUGCACCUGGAGUGUGUGGCCCACAGCAAAASCGACAUGAACGUCCGGUGGCUGAAGGACGGCAAAGAGCUCUCGGACGGCCGCUACUACCACAUAGACAACUACAGCGAUGGCACCUGCUCCUUGAUUAUCGCCGGCCUGGACAGGAAGGACGCGGGCAAAUACACCUGUGAGGYCUCCAAUAAGUUUGGCAAGGUCUCCCACAGCGCCAAGGUGGUGGUUGGUGUUCAGGAAGCUCAAGUUCUUCCCAAGGAGAAGGGGAAGCAGAGCACCGACAGCGAGACAGAGAGCUCGUCCGGCAGUGAGCUGGACGAUGCUUUCCGAAAAGCAGGGAGGAGACUCCACAGGCUCUUCAGGGCCAAAAUCUCCACGGAGAUCUCRGAUGUGGAGGAAGAGCUCUUUGUCAGUGCAGAUGAAGGGGACAUCGAUGUGGUUGACCACCAGACGUACCGUGAGGAUGACCAGUACAUCUACAUCAAGUUYGAGAUCAUGUCGGAGGCCAAAACGGCCGCCACGCGCUUCAGAGAGAUGUUUGGUGCUCUGGGAAUUCCUGUUGAGAUCGACAUCUUGGAACAAGGCCCGAAAAAAAUCGAAUUGCGCAUUGGGAAGGCAUCACCUCCCACCCUUGGGAAGUUUGCAGCUCCAGUAGCGAGACCUCCACCACCUUUGCUGACUUCUGAUACAGCCCCCAUGUUCAUGACAGAACUCCAGAACCAAGAGGUCCAGGACGGGUACCCAGUGAGCUUUGACUGCAUCGUCAUCGGCAAACCCCUGCCCACAGUUCGCUGGUUCAAGGACGGCAAAGCUCUGGAGGAAAACGAUCACUACAUGAUCAAYGAGGACCAGGAGGGGUGUCACCAGCUGAUCAUCACCGCUGUGGUACCCACGGACAUGGGCGUCUACCGCUGCCUUGCUGAGAACAGCAUGGGGGUGGCUUCGACCAAGGCUGAGCUCCGUGUGGACUUGACCAGCACUGACUAUGAGACAGCAGCAGAUGCCACMGAGACAUCAUCUUACUACAGUGCCAAGGAGUACGUUUCAAGCCGAGAGCAGGAGGAAUCCACCACUGAAGAGGAGCAGUUGCCCCAGAUCUUUGAUGAGCUUCAUGAUAUCCACGUGGCACCUGGAGCAUCGCUGGCCAAAUUUCACCUGAAGGUGAAAGGGUACCCCCAGCCUCGUCUCUAUUGGUUCAAAAAUGGGCAGCCCCUGAAGGCCUCGGAUCGCAUCCUGAAAACUGACAGGCAGGAAUUCCACUCCCUGGAAAUCCGCGACGUCACCAAAGCUGACGCYGGCCAGUACCUGAUCUUUGUCAUCAACUCUGCUGGCUCUGCCUAUUCCUCAGCCAGGCUGGUAGUCAAAGAUCCUUACGAGAAAGAAGAGCCAUCAAAAACAGAAUCCUGUGAGCAGCUGAUACCACCAAGAUUCCUUGAAAGAUUUACGAAUAAGAAGGUGAAAAAGGGUGCAAGYAUCACAUUAUCUGUGAAAGUUGAAGGACAUCCGCCACCAACUAUCACUUGGAUGAAGGAAGAGUCCCGGGAAGACAUCCUGUGGAUCAAACCAGAUACUCCUGGGUACAAACUGGCCAGCUCCAACAUGCACCACAGCCUGAUCCUGCUGGAUGUCAAGAAGAAGUACAGCGGAGCUUACACGUGCAUYGCCACCAACCAGGCCGGCCAGUCCAUCUGCACUGCCAACCUGGAAGUGGCAGAUGUGAAAGAGGCUGAAGUGCUGACCCAGGAGCGUGUGAUGGUGUCAGAAGCCAUCAUGACCACACUGGGAACUAUCCAGUCCUCUGAAGGAGACCUUGAAGCUGGCAGAGAAGGUGUGCCCAAAAGCCCUAUUUCAUUAGCUGAUGUUGGCUCAGAAGAGUUCUUCCAGAAACUCACCUCACGUAUCUCAGAAAUGGUAUCUGCAAAAAUAACUCAGGCAAAACUUCGAGUCCCGGGCGCAGAAAGCGAUGAUGAGUCAAAAACUCCCUCUGCAUCCCCUCGCCACGGGCGAUCCAGACCUUCAUCCAUUGCUCAGGAAUCCUCCUCUGAAUCUGAAGAUGGCGAUUCCAGAGGAGAGAUCUUUGAUGUCUACAUGGUCACUGCUGACUACGUGCCCGCGGCGCCCGACAGGGAGGCCAUCACGCUGAAGGAAGGACAAUACGUGGAAGUCCUGGAUUCAGCUCAUCCUCUGAAAUGGCUGGUCAGGACUAAACCCACGAAAUCAAGUCCCUCUCGACAGGGUUGGGUGUCUCCAGCUUACCUGGACAAGAAAUUAAAGUUGUCACCAGAGUGGGGAACAAUGGAAAUUCCAGAGUUUCCUGGAGAGUUUGUUUCUGAAGACGAGUACAAGAGGAAACUGAGUGUUCUCAUUCAGGAGCUGUUGAUCUCAGAGGAGGAUUACAUUCAGGAUUUACACUUCCUCCAGACUCAUCACCUUAGGUACACUGAGACCUGCCCCAACAUCCCUGGAGCUGUUGCCAGUCAGAAAUCCACCAUCUUCAGGAAUAUUGAUGACAUUGGUCGCUUCCAUUCCAGUGUCUUCCUCCGGAGCCUGCAGAGCUGUGACACCGACGAUGAUGUGGCCAUGUGCUUCAUCAAGCACGAGGCUGAGUUUAACAGGUACAUCCAGUACCUGGUGGGAAGGGUCCAGGCCGAGUCCAUUGUGGUCAGCAAAGCCAUCCAGGAUUUCUACAAGAGAUACACAGAUGAAUUUGUAACUAAUGAAGAUCCCUCACAGCCACUCAUCCCACCACUGCAGCACUACCUGGAAAAACCCAUAAUCAGGAUCCAGCAGUACCAGACCAUAAUCAAGGAAUUAAUCCGAAACAAGGCCAGAAACAGCCAAAACUGCACUUUGCUGGAGCAGGCCUAUGCCAUUGUGUCUGCCCUGACACGAAGAGCAGAGAACAACCUCCACGUGUCCCUCAUUGAGAAUUAUCCRGGGACUUUGGAAAGCCUGGGGGAGCCCAUCCGGCAGGGCCACUUCAUUGUGUGGGAAGGAGCUCCAGGAGCUCGAAUGGCAUGGAAAGGRCACAAAAGACAUGUUUUCCUCUUCAAAAAUUAUAUUGUGAUCUGCAAACCAAAGCGAGACACAAAGACAGACACCUACAGCUACAUCUUCAAGAACAUCAUGAAGCUGAACAACAUAGACGUGAAUGACCUGGUGGAAGGGGAUGACCGAGCCUUUGAGAUCUGGCACGAGCGGGAGGAUCUGGUCCGCAAGUACCUCCUGCAGGCACGAACCGUGAACAUCAAGAACUCGUGGGUGAAGGAGAUCCUGGGCAUCCAGCAGCGCAUCAGCGAGCCCCUCUGGAUCCCUCCAGACUUUGAGGAAGAACUGGCAGACUGCACAGCUGAGCUGGGAGAGACGGUCAAGCUGGCCUGCAAGGUGWCAGGAGCUCCCAAGCCAUCCAUCAGCUGGUACAAAGAUGGAAAGCCCGUGGAGGUGGAUCCCCAUCACAUYAUAAUUGAAGAUCCUGAUGGGUCCUGCACGUUGAUCUUGGACAACCUGACAGGGGCUGACACAGGACAGUACCUGUGCUUUGCUUCCAGUCCUGCUGGGAAUGCCAGUACCCUGGGGAAGAUCCUUGUUCAAGUGCCCCCACGGUUUGUGAACAAGGUCAGAAAUGCUUAUCUCGUCGAGGGUGAAGAUGUCCAGUUCACCUGCACUGUGGAAGGAGCACCUCGGCCCCAGAUCAGGUGGUACAAAGAUGGGGUGCUGCUGAAGGACACCAAUAAAUACCAGACUUUCAAUGAACCAAGGAGUGGCAUCGUAGUCCUGGUGGUCAAGGACCCUUCCAAUGAAGAUAUGGGGCACUACGAAUGUGAGCUGAUGAACAGAUUAGGGUCAGCCAAAAGCGGAGCAGAGCUUUACCACCACAGCGCYGCAGCCCUGACCCAGGAGAGGAGAGGAGACCAGGCCAUCACCAUUGAAGGAAUGACUUCCCCCAGGUUGGGGACSGGGACUUCUGUGCAGGCCUCGCUGCAGCGCGCUGAUCAGGAGAUCAGGACAGCUCUGAGGAAGCUCAUGGACUCGGCGUCACUGCUGGUGACUCUUCCCCCGGGCAUGCGAGCAGAUGGUGGCCUUGGCCCUGCUGGGUCUGUCCCUUCAGAGCACUCAGGGACAGCAGCCGGGCCCUCUGCGCUCGUUCAUGAAGCCAGUACCCAAACCCAGACCGCUGCAGGCCAUGCCAAAGCACAAAAGCAGUUUCCAGCUGAAGAGCCAGCRGUGCCAAAGCCCAGCCCUGCUCCUUCCCAGGAACAGGCAGCAGCUGGAGGUGCAAGCACUCAGGAACGCACUGUUCCCAUCGACAGACCAUCACCAGAGGCAGGGGCAGGAGGCUGGUACAGGAGAGAAGGAGAUGUGGUUUGGGAUGUACGCAGUGAAGUUUAUAUUGAGACCACGGAAAGAACCCGUGUGUAUAAGACUGAGGAGAAGACUCCAACAAGUCCUCCCUACAUGCAAGUGACAAUAGAGGAUGUGCAGGUGAACUCUGGGGAAUGUGCCAAAUUCCAGGCAGUCAUCGARGGAACCCCUCAGCCCACAGUUCUGUGGUUUAAGGGCACCUCACUGCUGACAGACAGCAACAGGAUCCAUCAGGGGAAGGAAGGAACAACCUAUUUCUUAGUCAUAGACAACGCUGCCUUGGAAGAUGGAGGUGUUUAUACCUGCGUUGCCAAAAAUGCAGGAGGGGAGGUUCUAUGCAAAGCAGAGCUCGUUGUACGUGAAGCUAAAAAAGACCAAGAAGGAAAGAAAGUGGCCACCAGGAGAAAGCUGCACUCCCAUUAUGAGGUUAAGCAGGAAAUUGGAAGGGGCUGCUUCAGCUUCGUGAAGCGGGUGGUGCACAAAGGGAACAGGGUGUCCUGUGCUGCCAAAUUCAUCCCUCUGCGGAGCAAAACCAAGUCUCGAGCUCAUCAGGAGAGGGAUAUCCUUGCCUCUCUGUCCCACGACAGAAUUACCAGGCUUCUGGAUGAGUUUGAAACACGAAAAACACUGAUUUUGAUUCUGGAGUUAUGCUCCAAUGAAGAGCUCCUGGACCGUUUAUUCAAGAAGAGUGUGGUCACUGAAGCUGAGGUCAAAUUGUAUAUCAAGCAAAUUUUGGAAGGAAUCAAAUAUCUUCAUGACAACAACAUCCUUCAUUUGGACAUCAAGCCGCUGAAUAUCCUCAUGGUUUAUCCUGAGAGGGAAGACCUGAAGAUCUGUGACUUUGGAUUUGCUCAGAAGAUCACACCCGUGGAACCUCAGUACAGCAAAUACGGCUCUCCUGAGUUUGUUGCCCCAGAAAUUGUUUCCCAGUCACCAGUGUCAAAAGCAACUGAUAUCUGGGCUGUUGGAGUCAUCACAUAUUUAAGCCUUACAUGCAAGUCUCCAUUUGCUGGGGAGAACGACAGGAAAACCCUCCUAAAUAUCCAGARUGGGGAAAUUUCAUGGACCAUUCCUGAUGUUGUUCACUUGAGUGAAGAUGCAAAGGACUUCAUGAAAGGGAUCCUGCAGCAGAAACCCAAAGCCAGGCCGAGUGCUUUGGACUGUCUUUCCCACAAGUGGUUCAUGCACAAUGUCCCCCUUGAAGCAGCUCAUUUCAUUGAUACCAAACAGCUCAAAUUCAUCGUGGCUCGGAGCAAGUGGCAGCGCUCCCUGAUGUGCUAUAAAUCCAUCCUGGUGAUGAGAUCUAUCCCAGAAAUCCUCGAAAGGACUCAUGACAACACCUCCCUGGCCAUCUCCCGACACCUCAUUGAGGAAAGCACUUCAUCCAGCACCAGUGGCUCCUCUUCAGACAAUGAGAACUCGAAUUUCCCCAAGAAGAGGCACUUUGGCUCCACCCCAGAACUGCACAUGCCCGUUUUUGAUGCCCCGAGCUAUCCUGAGCCUCUGAAACGUGCAAGUGUACGGGAGCACUCCAAAACCUCCAUCCCCCCAGUAAAGCCCAUGAGGAGGAAAUACGCUUCUGUGAAAGCUGAGGUGGGGGACAAAUCACCCACAGAAAGCAAAGAGCUCAUGGCGAGCWUCUUACAGGAGAAAGAGGAGGGGCUCCAGCCCAGCCUUCGAGUGCAGCCAUCCCAAAUGAGUGCUGCUGCUGAGCCUUCAUCCCUGAGGGCUUCCACGRAGAGCAUGUCACUUCUGCAUCAGAAAGAAAAGCCAGAUACAUCUUUACCUGAUAAGGACAGAGUUGAGGAGGCUGGGGAUGGGACAGAAAAGCCAUCUGCCUUUGUUCCCAGGCAGAGUGUCAUUAAAAGCACCUUCUACAGCCAAGCUACCGAGCUGCCUGCAAGGCCGCCUUCCUCACCAGGCCGGGAGUUCAGGAGGCACCUGGACAGAGCCAGAAGGACUUUCCGGAAAGCUGGAUAUUCAAAGGUGCCCCUCAGUGGCCUCCGUGAACCCCUCCUUGAGCAGUUUGAACUGGAAGAAGAAGAAGAAGGAGGAGAUGAUCGCAGGGAAGGUCUGCUGGGAUCCCUGACCAAGUCUGCAUCAUUUGACUCUGCCAGGAAGCCACCACACCCUGCCAUUGCUGGUGCCAGCCGCAGCCGUUCCCUGGAUGACUACAGGCUGAGAGCCUCCAGGUCAUUGAGAGAAGAAGAUAUUUUGGAGGAGGACUGUGAUGUACUGUCCCAGGGAAGCUGUCCUGAAGGCAGUGAUCACUGUGACAUUUCCACAGGGCCUGCCAAGGGCUGUUCUGUGGAUACAACAAAGCCAGRGGGCAUUGGGAGAGCCAGCGAGAGUUGCUCAGGAGAGAAGGCCUCUCCCUCCAUGCAUUGUGAGGGGAAUGGGUGCCCAGCUGCUUUUAUACAACAGGCAGAGGGACUGCCAGUGUCACCUCACAGGGGUGAGAAUAGGAAACGUUUGCUGAAGAAGUCAAAAGCCACCGAGAUUGAGGAGGACAUUGAGCGUUUGGAAGGCAAAAGCCCCAUUCGGACUGCCCAGUGCACAGACGUGACGGCAUCAUCAGCUCCAGAACAUGAGAGCACAGAGGGUAAACCUUCCUCUGGCCAUGCCUCUGMCUCUGCUCUUCAGGAGGGCAAAGAGUCCAGUUCAACCCUCACACAGCCAGAGACCACCCCCAAAUCAUCCCCUCCAAGUAAGGAAGUGUGUCUGCCCCAGGAGUCUGCUCCCACUGACACCCACCCUGAUCUAACAGGUGGCAGCUUGCUUAUCAAAAGGGCAGCCCCAGCCCCACCGUGGAAAGACAAAAGGCAGAAACAUUCAGAUGAAAACACUGCUUGUGGCCUUGCUGAAUCUGAACUCAUGGAGCAUGAAAGUUCUGCUGUUCCAACAGAGCAAACAGAAACCGAUUCGCUUCCAGUGUGUAAAGACAAAAGKCAGGAAAUUCCUGGGAAAAGCAUUCCAGCAGCUACAGCCUUGGUGGGCAAACGGCCACAUGCCCWUAUGGCUGAUGAAGGUGCCCCUCAGAAGCUGAAGAUCCAUAAAGAGGGGCAAUCUGCUGUCCUGGAAGAUGCAGGAGCAGCUGUUACAGGAAUCACUCCACCAUCAGCCCACAGGGGUGAAAGCCAAGGGCACAAGAGGGCUCCUGUUCACGGAGACAUGACAUCAGCCACCCUGAAGGGACAGCAGCUCGCUGUUCCCAAAAUCCCACCACCAGGAUCAGUGCCAGCUCUGGGCUCCGAUGGAGCACAGCAGGAUCACAGCAAGGACAGACUUGCUGCUCUGAGGAGUAAAAGCUCAGCUGUCACCRAGGGUGUUUCCAGUUUGGCCCAUGAAGGAGCUGAGCCCCAGAAGGUUCCUGCAGGCCAUGGCUCAGAGUCUGUUCUGAAGAGCAUACACCCAGCCAGAGCUGUGUCCUCCCAAAGCACUGUCCUCCCUCAGGUCUGGGAGAGUGAUAAACACCACCCAGAGGUGUCACUUCACAGUGAGAUGAGAUCUGUUGUGACAGCGAGUGGAAGCCGAGCAGCUGGACAGGCUGUGGCUGCUCCUUUCCCCAAGGCUGGACAUGGGAUGUCUGAGCAGCACAGGGCUGGGAUUUCAGAUGGGCUGGAGAGUGGCAGCCCAGGUGCAUUAACUGCUUCACAACCAGAAGUUGCUCCAGCUUCAGUCUAUGAAUUCAUUGAAUAUGAGGAAUAUCCAGAGGUUUACAGUGAGGGUGGAGGCAUUGCCUUAGAAAGUGGAGGAUCUGAUGAUGGAAAAGGUGUCCCUCCAUUGCUCYGCAGGGAUCAUGGCCAGGAACUGUCACAUCACAGGUCUUCUUUUUACAGUGACGAGGAGUCUGCUGCAYUGGAGGGCUUAGUGGAUGAGAUGGUUUCCCUCUCCGAAGAGAUGAAUGUUUGGGCAGAGUCAGUUUCUGGAGAGAAGGAAAGCAGGAAGCACAUUUCUCCUAGCAGAGAGAUGUUCUUCAAAGGCAGCCAAGCCCCCAUGGACACCUUCCCUUCUGCACAGCAGGGUGGAAGAGAAGUGUCUGAGAAGGACGACUUUGCAGAACCCUACCUUGCUGUGAGCGAGGAGCCAGGAAUCCUGGAAGGGCAGGAAGCACAGACAGUUCCUCAAGAGUGUGAGCACCUGGAGGACUUGGCAUUUGAGACCCCCCCUUCCAGCCGAGACAGCGUCUCCUCAACAGAGAGCUUGGACACUGCAAAAAGGCCCAUCCACGUGCCGGUGAUCAAGGACACGGGCAAACACCCAGAAGUUUCUUUGGUGAAAAUCAAAGACCUGUCAGAUGAAACACCCAGUCUUGGCAGUGGCCCCCAAAAGUUUGACAUCUCAGAGGUGGAGCCUGCCUAUUUGAAUUUCUCGGAUUUGUACGACAUUGUCUAUUUUCCAUUUGAAUUUCUGAGCUACAAGAAGCCUUCGCCCAAACCAGUUCCUAGACGGUUUAUGCUUCUUGGUGAAAGGGCAAGGUCCCCUCCUGCAGGACAUCUCCAUAAGGAUAAAAGACUGUGCAUCAGGGAGCAGGAAGACAAGAACAAGAAGAACCGUUUGGAAAUAUCUGAGGAAUCAAAGGCAACAGACUUGGUAGCUAUGGGGAAAGGGGCAGAGAGCCAUAAAGAAAUGUAUAGCUCCCAAAAGGACCCCAGUGGGAAGCAGAAAAGCUCCUUCCACACCAAGCCUGGACUCUUUAAGCCAUAUGCCAGGUCUCAUUCGGUGGAGCAGUCGGUGGAGCAGAGUCUGAAGAAGAAAGUAAAAGCUUCUGUUGCCCAUAUUUCAAGAAUCCUGAAAGGAAAGAUGUCUCCUGAGCCAGAGGAAGAGUYUGGUGAGCUGGGAAGUGAGGCAGCAGAAAAGGAGCUGUUACUAGGGGCUGAAGGAUCUCUGAAGAGGAAAUCAGCACUGCCUUCAUUCAAGUUACCAAGCCUCAUCCCAAAGGAGAAAGCUCCAUCAUUUGUUGAGGAGCUCAUGGACCAGGCUGCAGCUGCUGGACAGUGCGUGACACUCUCGUGCCGGACAGCAGCACACUCCUCCCUGCACAUCAACUGGUUCAGAGAUGGGAUACCCRUCCAGAGCAGCAGCCGGAUCCUGAUCUCAUCCACGCUCAAACACUUCCAGCUCCUAACGAUUCUCUCUGUUACUGCUGAGGAUUUUGGUAUUUACACCUGUGUGGCCACAAACUCCCUGGGCUCAGCAUCCACCUCGUGUGUCAUAAGGAAAGCGGAGGUUCCUCCCAGCCCUCCACCCCCUGACAUCGUGGAGGUGUACAAGGAUGGAGUGCAGCUGGUUUGGAAACCUGUGGAAACCAACACCCCUGUCCAUUACACUGUCCAGUGCAAGAGUGAAGAUGGGGAGUGGACAACUCUUGCUUCUGACCUCACUGACUGCUGCUACUACGCCAGAAAUCUCCCCCAGGGCUUYGUCUACCACUUCAGGACAGCCUGCACCAGCAAGGCAGGGAUGGGCCCCUACAGCGACCCCUCUGCCAAAGUGAAAAUGACUGGGAAGGAUCAGAUGGAGCUUCGUGCUGCCACGCAGGAGUUCCCAUCAGCUGCCUCUGAAGAGGAAAGUGAAAUGAUCACACCUCCUGAGCCCUUCCCAUCCUACCAGACCUACGCCUUCCAAACCGAGAUCAAAAGGGGCCGAUUCAGCAUUGUCCGGCAGUGCCGGGAGAAGGUGAGCGGCAAGGCUUUGGCUGCUAAAAUCAUCCCUUACUGGCAAGAGGACAAGCAGGCUGUGCUCCUGGAGUACCAGGUGCUGAGGAAGCUUCACCACACAAACAUAGCCCAGCUGAAGGGAGCCUAYGUCAGCCCCAGGCACUUGGUGCUGAUCCAGGAGAUGUGUGUGGGGCCAGAGCUGCUCCACUCCUUGGCAUUACGGACAUCCUACUCAGAGGUGGAGGUCCGAGACUACCUGUGGCAGAUCCUCAGUGCCACCGAAUACCUCCAUGCACACAACAUCCUGCACCUGGAUCUCAGGUCUGAGAACAUGAUCAUCACCGAGCCCAACCUGCUGAAACUCCUGGAUUUUGGGAAUGCACAGUUCUACACACCAGACAAAUUUAUUACCAUGGACAAAUGUUCGGACUAYGUCGAAACCAUGGCUCCAGAACUGCUGACAGAGCAAGGAGCCCUUCCCCAGACUGAUAUCUGGUCCGUUGGAAUCACAGCCUUCAUCAUGUUGAGUGCCAACUACCCCAUCAGCUCCGAUGCACCCUGUGAGUUCCUGAGAACAGCCAGGAAGGGGAAACUGAAGCUCACGCGGUGCUACGCGGGUCUCUCCGGGGGAGCCGUGUCCUUCCUGCAGAGCACUCUGUGUGCAAACCCUUGGGGAAGGCCGUCAGCCUCCGAGUGCCUUCAGAGCCCRUGGCUCCAGGAGACAGGUUUGGACAACAGGCAGCAGGCACUGGUCACCUUCCCCACCACCAAACUGAGGAAUUUCCUCAUGGAACGGGAAAAGAAGAGGGGCCUGCUGUGCUCCAAGUAUGGCCUCAUGAUUGCACAGUGAUGUGGAUGUGGUGACAGGCGUGAAUUGCCUCCCUGUGCCCUUCUACACGGAGUGUUGGGUCCCAAACCCUCCUGCCAAGCUGCUGUGCAGCAGCUGAGCUGGGGGAGCUGCUCUCUGCCCAGCCUCAUWGUUUCAUCCGUGUGUCCUGCCUACCUGGGGCUGUUUCUGUGUAAGUGUGACUCAGGAGCGACUGG